AUGAACCCUUUAUUUAAUAAAGAAAAAAACACCGUCAAAUUUUUCCCCACCAAAACGAAUUGGGAAAGAAUUAUGGGGCCUUUAGAAAAUUUUUCUGCUUCAGUCUACACAAGAGGUGGUUUAUGGUUUAAAGGACACAUUGAUAUUGAAAGAUUUGUUAAAUCGAUGAACGAGUCAAUGAUAGAAUGCGAUUUUUUAUUAUCAUAUCUAUAUACCGAUGAUAAAAAUCAACUCUAUGCAUGUUAUCCACCAAAGAGACAAGAAAAUGAAGCUCAAGAACAAUUAGAAAUUGAAGAAAGAAAAGACUCUACUGAAUACUCAACAUUAGAUAUUGUUUUACCAAAGAAAAUAAUCAGCCCUGCUCAACAUUCAGGUUUUGUUCAAGAUUUAAACGGUGUUACAAUGGGUGCAUUUAAACUCACCAUUUUUAAUGACGGUUUUGUUAUUGGUUACAAUAUGAACCAUACACUUUUCGACCAAGCCUCAAUUUUUUAUUAUUUAAAAUAUUUAUCAAAUAUCUAUUCUCAUGGAAUUGAAAAAAGCAGCUUAAAGAAACCAUAUGCAUUUGACUCAUUUGAUUUAGAAAACGAAAGAAUUCAUUUUAAAAAUCUCGAUCAAGCAAGAGAAUAUGGUGCAAAUGUUUUAGGUUUUGUCUAUACCCCUGCAACUUCAACCUCAUCAACUACUGAUAACAGUGCAAUCGACUAUUUCUCUCAAAAUACACAAAUUAAAUUAAUAUACGAUUUAGAACAAAUAGAUAAAUUCAAAGCUGAAGGUGGUCCAACUUUAUCAAAGAAUGAUAUUAUAUGUGCACUUUUAUUCAAAGCAUAUACCUAUACCUCACACCUAUCCGAUGAUCAAGAUUUUACCCUUAGAUACGCAAACAAUAUUAGAUCAAGACUUAACAUGGGUGAAGAAGCUAUUGGUAAUUUAUCACAUCAAUGUCGUAUGGUAUUAAAAGUUAAAGAUAUUAGAGAAAAGAGUAUCCUUGACUUGGCAAGAAUUAAUCGUGCUAGUGUAUCAGAUAUAAAAGGUGACCAUUUCAAAGAUGACUAUAAUUUUUACAAAUAUAUGUAUAUAAACAAGGAAAAUAUGUUUGAUUAUAUUGGUAAACCAGCAUUCAUUACCUCGCGUGUUACAAAUUGGACAAGUUUUGAUUACCAUAAUACCAAAUUCGACGAUACUGCCCCAUAUUCAUUAAGAUCACAUUCAAUAGCUGCCUAUGGUGUUAAUACUAUUUCUUUUGAUACAGAUUCAAACGGUAAAAAAAUAUAUACAACUCCAAUUUCAAUUCCUCUCGAUUGUAUCGAUAAAGUGGUCGAAUUGGGUAAAACAACUAAAUUAUUUACAACAGGCGAUGUAUUUAAAUAA